AGGUGGGGCAAGAAGAUGGACUUUCUGCUGUCGGUGAUCGGGUUUGCUGUGGAUCUGGGGAACGUCUGGCGCUUCCCCUACAUCUGCUAUCAGAACGGAGGAGGUGCCUUCCUCAUCCCCUACGUGCUCAUGGCUGUAUUUGGUGGCAUCCCACUUUUCUACAUGGAGCUUGCACUGGGUCAGUUCCACAGGACUGGAGCCAUCUCCAUAUGGAAGCACAUCUGCCCUAUUUUCAAAGGCAUCGGUUUUGCAAUAUGCAUCAUAGCGCUGUACGUGUCCUUCUACUACAACACCAUCAUCGCGUGGGCGCUGUUCUACUUCUACUCGUCGUUCAGCAGCACCCUGCCGUGGACGAACUGCGACAACGAGUGGAACACGGAAAACUGCACAAAUUACUUCGGCAAGGACAACGUGACGUGGACCAACUACUCCCGCUCCCCCGCCGAGGAGUUUUAUACGAGAAACGUUUUACAGUUGCACGAGUCGGACGGUUUGGGGAGCCUGGGUUCGAUCCGUUGGCAGCUCAUGCUCUGCCUCUUCCUCAUCUUCACUGUCGUCUACUUCAGCUUGUGGAAAGGAGUCAAAUCAUCGGGCAAGGUGGUUUGGGUUACGGCGACUCUUCCCUAUGCCGUGCUGCUGAUCCUAUUAAUCCGUGGCGCGACGUUACCCGGAGCCUGGAGAGGCGUGGUCUUUUAUCUUCAGCCCAAAUGGGAGAAACUUAAGGAUACGACCGUUUGGGUGGAUGCGGCGGCUCAGAUCUUCUUCUCGCUGGGUCCUGGGUUUGGUGUUCUUCUGGCGCUGUCCAGCUACAACUCAUUCGACAACAACUGCUACAGAGACGCCCUCGUGACCAGUAUGGUGAACUGCAUUACCAGCUUCAUGUCUGGUUUUGUGAUUUUCACUGUGCUGGGCUACAUGGCUGAACAGAGACACGUCAACGUGGAGGAUGUAGCCAGGAACAAAGGUCCGAGCCUGCUGUUCAUCACCUACCCAGAAGCCAUUGCUAACAUGAUGGGCUCCACAUUUUUUGCCAUCAUGUUCUUCGCCAUGAUGAUCACGCUGGGUUUGGACAGCACGUUCGGAGGACUGGAAGCCAUCAUUACUGCGGUAAUGGACGAGUACCCCAACUUCCUGUCCCACAGAAGAGAGGUGUUCGUGCUGGGGCUGGUAGCCGUUUGCUUCCUGGGAUCUUUAAGCACUCUUACGAAAGGAGGCGCGUAUGUUGUAAAACUACUGGAGGAGUACGGAGUUGGUUUCCCCAUAAUUGCAGUGGUGUUUCUGGAGGCCACUGCAGUCUCCUGGUUCUAUGGCGUCAACAGAUUCAGCAGUGAUGUCAAAGCCAUGCUGGGUUACACACCCGGGUUCUUCUGGAGGUUCUGCUGGGUGGCCAUCAGUCCGGCGUUCCUCGCGUACAUCGUCGUCAGCUCCCUGCUGAACGCUUCACCACUACAGAUGUUCGAAUAUCGGUUUCCUGACUGGAGCGUCACGGUGGGUUAUAUCAUCGGAGCUUCGUCCUUUAUCUGCAUCCCCGUCUACAUGGUGUACAAGCUGGUGUGGACGCCGGGCUCGCUCAAACAGCGUCUGGCUGUUUGUCUGAGACCGGAGCGGAAACAUCCCAACAUCCACACAGAUACGCUGGUGCUGACUCCGACAGUGACAUGACAAAAGGGAAGUUAAUGCAAAUGAUGAAUACCUCAUGAUCACAGAUUUGAAGAUCAAUUCCUUCUGGGUAGAUUCCUCUCCUGACGCUCCUGAUUUUGACACCAGUCCUCAGGCCUUCAGUCCCUCAUCUAACAUUUAUUACUUAAGCUGUCCGAGUCAUGAAACAACCGUUAUGAUGCCAGCAGGAUUCAGCCAAUCAAAAUGGUGAAGGAAAGUUGACGGGGACGUGUCGAAAACAAGACUGGGAUGCGGAGCUGAUCCUGAUCCAGAGCCAAAUCUUCAUGUGUAAAAAAGGAACCUAACAAAUUUGAAUUCUAAGUGCUAUGGAUGUUACAUUCCAGUGAGACGUGUGUUGUUUGUGGUAACAUUAUCGUUAUUGUAAGUUUUGAUGGAAAUGUGUAAAUCUGAGUAAUAA